AUGACUUCAGAAGAAAUCGAAGCCUCUCAAUCUGGGGACGAUGGAGGAAUGGGAGGUCCUGGUGCACCAACGCCACUCUCUGCCUUAGAGGGAGUCGCAGGUCUAACUAAGAGAGACAUUCAAAUGAUCGUGGAUGGUGGUUACAAUACUGUAGAGUCUGUCGCAUACACCCCGCGGCGAAUUCUAGAACAAAUUAAGGGUAUCUCUGAACAGAAAGCCACAAAGAUCCUUACGGAAGCAUCGAAAUUGGUCCCUAUGGGUUUCACAACCGCCACCGAAAUGCAUCAACGAAGAAGCGAAUUGAUAUCUAUUACGACCGGUUCUAAGCAAUUAGAUACACUUCUGGCAGGUGGAGUAGAAACAGGAUCUGUGACCGAAAUAUUUGGAGAGUUCCGUACUGGAAAGAGUCAAAUUUGCCACACUCUAGCAGUUACCUGUCAAUUGCCAUUUGAUAUGGGUGGCGGAGAAGGCAAAUGUUUGUAUAUCGACACGGAAGGCACAUUUCGUCCUGUACGUUUACUUGCGGUAGCCAAUCGAUACGGCCUAUCUGGAGAAGAAGUUUUGGACAAUGUUGCAUAUGCAAGAGCCUACAACUCCGAUCAUCAAUUGCAACUUCUUAAUCAAGCAGCACAAAUGAUGUGCGAAACUAGAUUCUCUCUACUUAUCGUUGACAGUGCCACCGCACUUUACCGCACAGAUUUCACAGGAAGAGGUGAAUUGUCUUCUCGACAAAUGCAUCUAGCAAAAUUUAUGCGCAUGCUUCAACGGCUAGCCGAUGAAUUUGGUAUUGCUGUGGUAAUCACAAAUCAGGUUGUUGCACAAGUUGAUGGAGGACCAAGUGCUAUGUUCAAUCCAGACCCCAAGAAACCUAUCGGAGGUAAUAUUAUUGCACAUGCAAGUACCACUAGAUUAAGUCUCAAGAAGGGUCGUGGAGAGACUAGAAUUUGCAAGAUCUACGAUAGUCCUUGUUUACCAGAGAGUGAUUGUCUUUUCGCUAUCAAUGAAGACGGUAUUGGAGAUCCAAGUCCAAAAGAUCUAGAGAAGGAUUAG